GGGCUGCCUUCGCGGGCGCGUCCCGGAGCGCAGCACCCGGCGCUGCGUAGCCACCUCCCCCGCCGCCCGCUAGCAAGUUUGGCGGCUCCGAGCCCGGCGCGCCUCAGGAUCCAGGCUCGUUUGUUUCCACCUAGCUUCGGUGCGCCCUGCUAGGCGGGGAUCCUCGGGAGCGAUGCCGAUGGAUGUGAUUUUAGUUGUGUGGUUCUGUGUGUGCACGGCCCGGACAGUGGUGGGCUUUGGGAUGGACCCUGACCUUCAGAUGGAUAUCGUCACCGAGCUUGACCUUGUGAACACCACCCUUGGAGUUGCUCAGGUGUCUGGAAUGCACAAUGCCAGCAAAGCAUUUUUAUUUCAAGAUAUAGAAAGAGAGAUCCAUGCAGCUCCUCAUGUGAGUGAGAAAUUAAUUCAGCUGUUCCGGAACAAGAGUGAAUUCACCUUUUUGGCCACUGUACAGCAGAAGCCAUCCACUUCAGGAGUGAUACUGUCCAUUAGAGAACUGGAGCACAGCUAUUUUGAACUAGAGAGCAGCGGCCUGAGGGAUGAGAUUCGGUAUCACUAUAUGCACAAUGGGAAGCCAAGGACAGAAGCACUUCCGUACCGGUUGGCAGAUGGACGAUGGCACAAGGUUGCCCUGUCAGUUAGCGCCUCUCAUCUCCUGCUCCAUGUCGACUGUAACAGGAUUUAUGAGCGUGUGAUAGACCCUCCAGAGACCAACCUUCCCCCAGGAAUCAAUUUGUGGCUUGGCCAGCGCAACCAAAAACAUGGCUUAUUCAAAGGGAUCAUCCAAGACGGGAAGAUCAUCUUUAUGCCAAAUGGAUAUAUAACACAGUGUCCAAAUCUAAAUCGCACUUGCCCAACCUGCAGUGAUUUCUUAAGCCUGGUGCAAGGAAUAAUGGAUUUACAAGAGCUUUUGGCCAAGAUGACUGCAAAACUAAAUUAUGCAGAGACAAGACUUAGUCAAUUGGAAAACUGUCAUUGUGAGAAGACCUGUCAAGUGAGUGGACUGCUCUAUCGAGACCAAGACUCUUGGGUAGAUGGUGACCAUUGCAGGAACUGCACUUGCAAAAGCGGUGCCGUGGAAUGCCGAAGGAUGUCGUGUCCCCCUCUCAUUUGCUCCCCAGACUCCCUCCCAGUGCACAUUGCUGGCCAGUGCUGUAAGGUCUGCCGACCAAAAUGUAUAUAUGGAGGAAAAGUUCUUGCAGAAGGCCAGCGGAUUUUAACCAAGACCUGUCGGGAAUGCCGAAGUGGAGUUUUAGUAAAAAUUACAGAAGUGUGUCCUCCUUUGAACUGCUCAGAAAAGGAUCAUAUUCUUCCUGAGAAUCAGUGCUGCAGUGUCUGUAGAGGUCAUAACUUUUGUGCAGAAGGGCCUAAAUGUGGUGAAAACUCAGAGUGCAAAAACUGGAAUACAAAAGCUACUUGUGAGUGCAAGAGUGGUUAUAUCUCUGUCCAGGGAGACUCUGCCUACUGUGAAGAUAUUGAUGAGUGUGCAGCUAAGAUGCAUUACUGUCAUGCCAAUACUGUGUGUGUCAAUCUUCCUGGGUUAUAUCGCUGUGACUGUAUCCCAGGAUACAUUCGUGUGGAUGACUUCUCUUGUACAGAGCACGAUGAAUGUGGCAGUGGCCAGCACAACUGUGAUGAGAAUGCCAUCUGUACCAACACUAUCCAGGGACACAGCUGCACCUGCAAACCGGGCUACGUGGGGAACGGGACCAUCUGCAAAGCUUUCUGUGAAGAGGGCUGCAGAUACGGUGGAACGUGUGUGGCUCCUAACAAAUGUGUCUGUCCAUCUGGAUUCACAGGAAGCCACUGCGAGAAAGAUAUUGAUGAAUGUACAGAGGGAAUCAUUGAGUGCCACAACCAUUCCCGCUGCGUUAACCUGCCAGGGUGGUACCACUGUGAGUGCAGAAGCGGUUUCCAUGACGAUGGGACCUAUUCACUGUCCGGGGAGUCCUGUAUUGACAUCGAUGAAUGUGCCUUAGGAACUCACACCUGCUGGAAUGAUUCUGCCUGCAUCAACUUGGCAGGGGGCUUUGACUGCCUCUGCCCCUCUGGGCCCUCCUGCUCUGGUGACUGCCCUCAUGAAGGGGGGAUGAAGCGCAAUGGCCAGGUGUGGGCCUUGAAAGAAGACAGGUGUUCUGUCUGCUCCUGCAAGGAUGGCAAGAUAUUCUGCCGACGGACAGCUUGUGAUUGCCAGAAUCCAAAUGCUGACCUUUUCUGUUGCCCAGAAUGUGACACCAGGGUCACAAGUCAAUGUUUAGACCAAAAUGGUCACAAGCUGUAUCGAAGUGGAGACAAUUGGACCCAUAGCUGUCAGCAGUGUCGGUGCCUGGAAGGAGAGGUAGAUUGCUGGCCACUCACUUGCCCCAACUUGAGCUGUGAGUACACAGCCAUCUUAGAAGGAGAGUGUUGUCCCCGCUGUGUCAGUGACCCCUGCCUAGCUGAUAACAUCGCCUAUGACAUCAGAAAAACUUGCCUGGACAGCUACGGCAUUUCAAGGCUUAGUGGCUCAGUGUGGACGAUGGCUGGAUCUCCCUGCACUACCUGUAAAUGCAAGAAUGGAAGAGUCUGUUGUUCUGUGGAUUUGGAGUGUCUUCAAAAUAAUUGAAGUGUUUAAAAUGGACUCAUCGCAGAAGAAUGGACAAAAUGACCAUCCAACGUGAUUAAGAAUAGGAAUUGGUGAUUUGUUUUAUUUUGUUUGUUUGUUUUGCUUUUUUAACCACAGACAAUUACCAAAGUUUCAUCUGAGGAAGGUGUUUGGAGGUUGCCUUUUGGACCCACCACUUUGCUCAUUCUUGCUAACCUUGUCUAGGUGACCUGCAGUGCAGUGUGUUUAAGUCAAUGGUUGUUAAAAGAAGUUUCCCGUGUUGUAAAUCAUGUUUUCCUUAUCAGGUCAUUUGCAAAUACAUUUAAAUGAUCUCAUGGUAAACGUUGAUGUAUUUUUUUGGUUUAUUUUGUGUACUAACAUGAUAGAGACUCAGCUCCUUUUAUUUGUUUAUUUUGUUGAUUUAUGGAUCAAAUUCUAAAAUAAAGUUGCCUGUUGUGAUUUU